AUGCCGAUCUUUGGGCGGAAGAAGGUCGACAUCCGUGUGCCGACGGGGAAGAAUGCCGUCAACUUGCGCAAGCUUCUCUUCCUGACGCUGCCCGAGAGCUCGCACAUCUUGCCGGGCGACGCCUGGGACAAGAUUGACUUUCGGUGCCUGACGCUCAUGAAGGUCAAGAUGCUUCGCGCCGCGUGCUUGGCCCGGGAGCUCGAGCCCAAGGGCGGAAAGCGCUUGCUGGUGGAGCGGCUGACGUCGUCCCUGGAACGGCAGCGGGUGGAAGAGGACGAGGCCCGGCGCGAUGUCGCUGUCAAAGAAGAGCGCCGGAUAAACAAGCUUGGCGGUAUCUGGACCUGCGGCACGGGCACGCAAGGCCAACUCGGCCACGGCGACUGCGAGAAUUAUGACAUUCCAACGCAAAUCAAGAGCACCCGCGGCAUGCACUUCAGUCAGGUCUACGCGGGGUUUGAUUCGGACAUCACCUUUGGCGUCACGCGCGCCGGCGACGUGUACGUCUGGGGCAACAAGUCGGGACCGACAGGUCUUCCGCGUCCCAAGAAACAAAAGGCGCCGACUGCCACCCCUGCAGCGAGCACCACAACCAACGAGAACGUUGCAACUGCAGAGGAGGUUGACGACGACGACGACGAAGAUGACGACGAUGACGACGACGAUGACGCCAACGACGAUGCCGAUGCAGCAACGGACGAAGACGACGAUGAUGCUGGCGUCGUGUUGCGUCCGGACGUGAUCCCGGCCCCCGUGAAGCUCAAGUCGCUCUCGGGCGAAGACGUGGUGGCGAUCGCAGUCGGGCGCGUGCACUGCGCCGCGCGGACCAAGAAUGGCGAUGUCUUUACAUGGGGCCAGAACGACCACUGCCAGCUCGGACACGAAGCCGAGCAUAGUUUGAACCAAGCGCAGUCGCGGCGUGCGAUCAUCAAGUAUGGUCUCGACGCGGUCGAGCCCGUGAUCUGGACGCGGACGGUACCAGAGACGUGCGUCAUUGUCGGCAUCGCUGUCGGGACCGACCACACGCUUGCAGUCUCCGACGACGGUGACAUUCUCGGCUUUGGCUCCAUGUACAACUCGUCCGACCACUCGACGCUGUCGCGGCACCUGCGCAAGCAGCGCGUGACCCAAAUCUGUUGUGGGGCGCUGCACGCGGCGAUUGUGAACGCCAACGGUCAAAUGUACACCUGGGGCAGCGGCGACGGCGGACGCCUCGGGCAUGGCGAUUUGGCGAUGCAAGUGACCCCCCGCCUCGUGGAUGCUUUGGCCAGCGACAUUGUACUGCAUAUUGCGUGCGGCUGCUGGCACACGGUGGCGAUUGUGCUCGUGCCGCCGCUGCUCAAAGGCGGCUUCGUGUACACGUGGGGUACCGGACGUUAUGGACAACUGGCCCAAGGCGGGCAGCAAAUGGUGUCGACGCCGGGCCUCGUGCGCGACUUUCUCAUGCAAAGCGUCUUUAUGAAGCGGAUCUGCGCCGGCAUGUACCACAACGUGGCACUUUCGAUCGAUGACGAGGUUUACACGUGGGGCAGCAAUGUGAACGGGUGUCUUGGCCGCCCAUUGGAAAUGUCGACCAACCCCGAAACGUUCAGCGCUGUCCCGGGCGUCGUCGAAGGCAUGUCGGACUUUAUUGGUCGUCCCUGCGCCA